CGUAUUUGAUUACUUCACCUGUUGGUUUUUUGGGCUUUGACAGAGAGAGGGAGGGUGAGCCUGGGAGCGAUACGCUUUCUGUUGAUAACGCACUUAUUUCGACUCACAAAAGUAACUUUACAUUUGCUAACUGCAGUGAUAAUUGUAUUUUACGCGUCACGGUGUGAUUACGCAUCUCUCAGUGUUUGGUACCUCGCGGCAGCACUUUGUUGGACUGCUUACAGCCCCAACAGCGGAGCAAAUCAGGUGUAGGACCGAAAAGGAGUGGCACAGGGAAGGAAAGGAGGAAGUGAGAGGGAACCGGUCAAGCAGGGUAGGUCUGUUUAGUAGCCUGAGGGAGUCUCUCUGACCGCUCUGUAGGAAACUUGUCUCCGUUGAAGUGAGUCGAGAGCCAGAAGCUGCCGAGAACGAAGGAAUUAAGAACAACCAAAAGCCAUGGCUGUUAAUAAAUGCAUCAAAUACCUCCUCUUCUUCUUCAACCUUCUUUUCUGGCUUAGUGGAUGCCUCAUCCUGGGCGUGGCCAUCUACCUGAAAGUCGGCAAGGCUGGAAAUCAAAUCACCAGUAACUCUCUCCCCGGCGUAGACCUGCUGAUCGCCAUCGGUGCGAUCAUCAUGGUGCUGGGCUUCCUGGGCUGCUGCGGAGCCAUCCGAGAGAACCGCUGCUUGCUGCUGCUGUUCUUCAUCAGCCUUCUCAUCAUCUUCAUCCUGCUGGUGGCGGCGGGCAUCCUGGGAGCCGUGGGGGAGAACAAGGUGAAUGACUGGGCGAAAGAGAAUCUGGAUAAACUCACCCCACUGUCAUCACAACCGGCUAGUCUGCAGAACGACAUGCAGCAACUGCAGCAGGAGUUGCAGUGUUGUGGUCUGCUGAAUGGAGCGUCCGACUGGGGUGUAGUUCCUGCCCCCUGCAACUGCAACACCACCCUAACAGACUGCAAGACCACCCCCGUCUUCACCACGCCCUGCGGCACCCAAAUCAUCAGUUUGAUAAAGGGCAGCUUGACCGUGGUGCUGGGCAUCGCCUUUGGAAUCGCCGUCCUGCUGAUUUUCGGCAUGGUCUUCUCCAUGAUUCUCUACUGUCAGAUUGGCAGAAAGGAUGGCGCCACUUCCACUGCCUGAACACCCACACAUGGCCACGCCCACUCGCUGCCUGGCAACAGCCAAUCAGAGUGCAAAUGACCCAUUUAACACUUAACCUCAGUGCUAUUGUAACUUAACCUGUGCUUUUACUGUGGAGGGACACGCUGAUAUUUUGGUUGAAAUCUCAUGAUGUUAAUACACAUGUGGUGUGUACUGUAUGGAGUCUCAAUCGCGACAAAAGUUCAAUAUAUAAAUAUCUUUUUGCAAACAUGAGAAUUUCUGCUUCUUAAAGGUGUUAAAUUAACCAAUAAGAUAUUGGGGGAGUAAAAUAAAUGGGGUUUAAAAUUAACUGAAAAUAUAAAAAUGUUUGGUUCUUUUAAACAAAUGACUUUCUACCCAAAAUAUCAGUGUGUUCCUUUAACCUUACAGCAAACCUGUGAUAAUUAUCACUUUUUUUUUUACCAAACUCAAAAUCCAAACAUAGUCUUUCUUUCCGUUCACACUGUGGCCUCAAAGAACAAAGUCUAGAAACAUUGUCAAAACAAUUUGUGUUGUCUGGGGCUUAUUUCGAUGGAAGCCAAUUACCGCCAAAAACAAAUCAAUAAAUACGCGGCAAGGUAUGGUAAAAGAGAAUUUAUCUCACUAGUAUCUGUAUGAUUUAUACAUAAGUCAAUAUUAUGACAUCUUCUCAUAAUUAUGAUACAUUCUCGAAAAAUGUUACUUACAUAUUCGUAAAUCUAAAAUUACAUAUACGUUUUUUCUCGAACAUUGUAUUAAUAUAGUUGUUUCUUUGCUCUUUUCUGUAUGUAAACUGUCAACUCAGGUUACAUGAAAGUUGCUUAAAAUUAUUUUUUUAAAAGCACUGAAUCAUAAUUUUCUUACGAUUUCUGCAAUGCCUUAUUUUGUAUUUGUUGUUUAAUUUGUAUCGGAUGAAGGAAUGGGCUUCCAUAGAUUUAUGUCCAAAAAUAUACUGCCAUAACUGUCUGUCGCAACAUCUGCUGCCAUUUCUGAUAAAUGUUCCAAAAUAAUCCUCAUGAAGUUAAAGUUGUGGUGUGUUCCUGUGUUGUUCCGUUUAUAACUCCAUAAACCUUUCAGAAAUACAAGAAAUAAUUAAAUUAUAUAUAUAGAUAGAUAGAUAGAUAGAUAGAUAGAUAGAUAGAUAGAUCUCUAUCUAUAUAUAUAUCUCUAUCUAUCUCUCUCUAUCAACCACAUUGUUAUAUUACUGUUUAACUUCUAAUUGUGUUAUGAAAGUGGUUUAAUAUUGUGGAACAGACUUCUUCACCUGUUCACUCGGAAUUUCGUUGCUGUCGUCUUUGUCAUUUUUACGGGCACUGUCUGAAAACUGUAAGGAUGUUUUUAUUUUUAUUUUUGUCCCUGAACUGAGUUUAGUUGGAGGACAAAAUCAAGUGUCAUACUAUCCUGCUUGAAGAAGGGAAAAUAAAAACUACUGAAUUAAAAUAA